GGUAGCUAGCUGCUAGCUGCCGUCGCUAACGGCACUUUGACGCAGAUACACUCCGUUAGAGGGACAUUUAAAACAUUUAAAACGCAUAAAGAGAGUCAGAUUAUUCGGUUACACCCGGUUUACACCGCGGGUAUGUUGUCUCGACCGGUUUGAAACCUCCGGUGUCUCGGCUUGAUGCUAGGUGGCUAAUGCUAUCCGGAGUAGUUAAAGUAAACGGCUGACUAACGGCUGACUAACGGUUAACACAGUCGGCCAGUCACACGGUUUAAGCGGGUCUAACCGGGAGGUAAAUGUGUGCCCGGGUGGUCCGGUAGCGUCCCAUGGAGCGGGCUGACCGGGACAAAGACGCCAGACUGCUGAAGAACCAGCCGUACGACGAGAGCCUGGAGGUGGCCGACUCCGAGGAGGUGGCGAGCGUCUGCAGCCCGACUCCCCGCAGCCAGCGACAGUCCAGGAGGAACAGAAAGGGGCGUGGCCUGAUGUCGGCCAACAGCGGCAGUGACGAGUUCGAUGACGACCACAAGCCCCUGAGGGCCAUCCAGCCCACCGGCGGGCUGCCUGGGCUCAGUCCACACGAGGGGGAGGAGGAGGAGGAGGAGGAGGAAGAGGAGGAGGACUCUGAUGAAGAGGACUCUGACGAUGAUGACGAGCCCAGCGAGGCUCCAGAGGGGGCGUACGACCCCGCCGACUACGCCAACCUGCCCGUCAGCACCGAGAUCAAAGAGCUGUUCCAGUACAUCACACGCUACAGCCCUCAGUCCGUGGAGCUGGAGCACAGCCUGAAGCCCUUCAUCCCGGACUUCAUCCCGGCGGUCGGAGACAUCGACGCCUUCCUGAAGGUGCCCAGGCCGGACGGUAAACCGGACAAUCUGGGUCUGCUGGUUCUGGACGAGCCCAGCGUGAAACAGUCGGACCCCACGGUGCUGUCGCUGUGGCUGUCAGAGGAAACCAAACAGCACGGAGCCACCGAGCUGAAGAAGGUGACGAGCGUCGCCAGUCCUCAGAGCAACCCCCGGGCGGUGGACAGCUGGGUGGAGAGCAUCAGCGCCCUGCACCGCUCCAAGCCGCCGGCCAGCGUCCAGUACGGCCGGGCCAUGCCCGACAUCGACAGCCUGAUGCAGGAGUGGCCGGCCGAGCUGGAGGAGCUGCUGGGCCGCCUGCAGCUGCCGCCCGCCCGCCUCAACUGCGGCCUGGCCCAGUACGCCGACCUGGUCUGCGGCCUGCUGGACAUCCCCGUCUACAGCAGCAGGAUCCAGUCUCUGCACCUGCUGUUCAGCCUCUACCUGGAGUUCAGGGACUCGCAGCACUUCACCCGCCGAGCGUAGAGACCGCCAAAGCCUGUGACAGCUGUUUCUGACCUUAAAGCUGCUCGUUUCUAUUUACAGAUACUUUCUUUACUGCUUCCAAUGAUAAAACACCUGGUCAUUAUUUUUUAUUAUAUUAGCAGAAAUCUUUGUUUCCUUUUGUCUCUUAUUCCUCCAUAACUUCUUAUGUUCAUUUGCCUUUCUUCAUGUGUUUGAAGGCGUAACAAAUACAAAUGUUUAAAGUCAAAUAAAGAGACAUUUCUGCACAUUUCCAGGUUGGAAGUCAGCUGCAGUCAGUCUCUCUCAGACGAGUAACUCGUGUUUGUGUUAGAAUCGUUUUAGCACUUAUUUCGUUUAUUUCUGUUCAGCUCUUUAGUGUUUCUUCUUCUGUGUCUGAGGGUUUAGGUUUGAUGUUGCAACAACUCAAAAAGAAAGUGUGUAAAUAUUCCGUGGCAGAUUUUUAACGAGAAUCACAUUUAGAUUUCACUGAUCCACUUUGUGAUAAAUCUUAUAUUAAAUCCGUGAGAGA